CAAUAAUUGGAAGGUUUAUCCGUUAUUUUUAAUUUAUUUUUCAAAAAAACUUCAUCGUAGCGGCCGUGAAACUCCGAGUGCGCCGCCGUAUUGUUUUCGUAAAAUGCAUUUCCGGCAGCCUCCCGUGGCAUCACUGUAGCCGCCAUCCGCCGCUUUCCUCCGACUGUCGCCGAUUAGGUAUGCCCGUUAUGUUGAAUUUUCCAUUUCAAUUUCACAGGCCUGUUACUUGUUUCCACAAACAUGGUUACAACUCUUUUAUUACUCAUACAAAUCUUUGUCAUAGUAACAACAUUGUUUUCUUGUCACAACAAACAAAUCAUCAUGUUCCCUCAAUUGGUUCAUUAGGGUUUCAUCUGUCCAAUGUUCAUAGUGUUGAGAUUGGUCUUCCUCAACAAAAAAAUGAUUAUAUUGAUGAUAAUGAUGAUGUUGUUGAUGAUGAUGUUGUUGUUGAUGAUUUUGAUGAAGGAGGGAAGGAAUUGUAUUCAUAUUUUGUGUCAAACAAGAAAUUGUGUCCCUUGGAUGUGUCUUUUGUGAUGGAGAAGGAUUUGCAAUGCCGGGGUUUGGAAGAAUUGGGAGGUGUGAAUGAGAAUGAGGUUAUGUUUUUGGAGGAAACGGAUGUGAAUGUUUUGUCGAAUAGGAUUUUGGAGCUUAGUCGAACUAACAAGAUUAGAGGUGCAAUGGAGUAUUUUAGGUCUAUGGAGUUAUUUGAUCUUUGUCCGAAUAUCCAUGCGUGUAAUUCUCUUUUGUUGGGUCUUCUGAGAAACGGGUCGUUUGAUGAUUGCUUUAAAGUGUUUGAUUUUAUGCAAGAGAAAAGGAUAACUACGGGGCAUAGUUAUAGUUUGAUUCUUAUGGCAUGUGCGAGAGCUCGAGGAUGUGAUUCGGCCGUUGAGUUUUUCAGAAAACUGGAAAGGGAUUGUGAUGUGGGGAGAGAUUUUGACGCGGUUGUUUACAAUACCGUGAUGUCUAUUUGCAAGGAGGUUGGCAAUUGGAGUGAAAUAGAGAGGCUGUGGAGGAGUAUGAAGGAAAAUGACUGUGCUCGAACGCUUGUUACGUAUCGGUUGUUAGUUAGUAGUUUUGUACAUUGUAACCAAAGUGAGCUCGCUCUUUAUGCUUACCAUGAAAUGGUUCAAAAUGGGUUUGAACCGAACAAUAAUAUAUUGAAUUCGAUCGUUUGUGUAUGUGCUAAGGACGGAAAAUGGGAUGAUGCAUUGAGUUUCUUUCAGAAAAUGUUGACGGGCGACUUCAAACCGAACUUAGUCGCAUGCAACACAUUGAUUAACUCGCUUGGAAGAGCAGGGGAGCUCAAAUUAGCAUUUCACGUCUACUAUUCAAUGAAAUCGUUAGGCCUAAAACCCGAUGCGUAUACAUACAACGCUCUUAUGAGUUCUCUUAACAAGGCCAAUAAGCACGGGGAAGCUCUUCGUCUUUACAAACAGAUAGAAAGAAACCAAAUGCUUGAAUUCAAUAAACAUUUAUACAAUACUGCUUUAAUGUCUUGCUCGAAGCUUAAGCUAUGGGAUAGAGCUGUUGAGAUUCUGUGGCAAAUGGAAGCUUCUGGACUGUCGGAUUUGACAGUUUCGUAUAACUUAGUGAUCCGGACUUGCGAGCUUGCGUCGAAACCGAAAAUUGCAUGGCAGGUGUACGAGCACAUGGUUCACCAGAAGUGCAGUCCAAACAUAUUUACUUAUCUGUCCGUAAUAAGAUGCUGCGCUAGAGAAGAUCUCUAUGAAGAGUUAGAAGAAAUCUUAAAUAAGACUGUGCCAAACGCCGCUCUUUAUAACACUGCUAUUCAAGGGAUGUGUUUACGCGACAAGGUUAACUUGGCGAAUGAGGUUUACGCAAAAAUGCUAGAUCACGGUCUUGAACCCGACGUCAAAACACGAGUACUUAUGCAUCCUAAGAUAAGGAAAUAGUUUAUCAAUUGCUAUCGACUAACAUGACAGAGUUUUGAAACUUGAUCAAAGGGUGAAUAAUAUCAUUGUGAGCUGAAUCGCUGUCAGCUCGAGCAAACGAUAAAUAACUCUUGUUAGAGUGCUAGGAAACAGAACAACAGACGCAAACGUUACUGUAAGUCGGUAUUACCUUCUGUCCUCCUUUCUCUCCUUUGUCUCCUUCUAUGGUCCUGAGUUAUGUAAAUGAUGUAAGAGUUUUUCGUCCAUUAGGUGUCAUCUCAUAGUUAGAGUUUGACUUUGUAACCUUAGAGUCGAGUUCAAAUCUUCUCGGAAACGGUUUGUAAAAUGGUCAUUAGUGUCACUUUACAAAGAUUCUUUUAGUAGAAGAUUUUCGAGAAGAUUUUUUUCGAUAAUGUAUUUUUUGCAGAUUUAAGUAUAUAGAAGGUGGAUUGAGAAAUA